AUGUCUCUCGCCACCCUUGACACUGCCCAGCAUCCCAGCCUCCCAUCCGCGUCGGAGACCCUGUUCAAGGCCAAAGCCGCCAAGAAACUGAGCUUCGAGCAAAUUGCCCAGCACAUUGGCCGCAAUGAAGUGGCUACCGCCGCCAUCUUCUAUGGCCAGGCCAAGGCUUCCCCCGAAGACAUUGAGAAACUCUCAGGACUCCUGACCAUUCCAUAUGAUGCUCUGGAAGAAAGGCUUAGUGGCUUCCCCGACCGUGGUCGCAGCGUUGAGAUGCCUCCCAAGGAGCCGUUGAUUUACCGGUUGUACGAGAUUGUGCAGAACUAUGGAUACGCGUACAAGGCGGUGCUGAAUGAGAAGUUCGGAGAUGGUAUCAUGAGCGCUAUCUCUUUCUCUACCAAGGUUGAGAAGGAGACGGAUGCGGAUGGAAAUAACUGGGCUGUGAUUACCCUGCGUGGCAAGUGGCUGCCGUUCUCGCGGUUCUAG